UGUAGCGUUAGCAUGAGCGUUAGCUACAGGGCAGAUAUUCACAGUUUUAUCAUCCUUUAUUUUCUUUAAUCAACUUCUUCUGUUGUUGUUUUAAUACUUCUGGAGAAAUGAGAAGACGAAGGUUCAGAAACAUGAAGAAAACCAGCUAAUGAACGAGUUCAUGUGGAGAUAUCUGAAGGUAAAGCUUGUCUCCUAGUAGGUUACGGUCCCUGUGUCCUCGGCAGCAUCAUGGUGGACAUUGCAGUGAAGAGCGGAGCUGCUUGGACCUGUCACGCUCAAGGACGUCAGUUGGCUGAUGUCCUGCGUCCCGUUCACAUCGGUAACGAAGAGGAGCUCAGUCAGUCAGAGGAAGACGAGACAAACUGCGGCGUCCCAGUGCUGCUGGAGCAGACAGAGGACGGGUCUCCGUGUGUCCUGAUGCUCCACUGCAGCCCCGGCUCUCCUACCGCCAUCAGCCGCCUGCUGGUGGUCAGCGAGGCUCGAACCAUGGAGGUGUACGACCAGAUGGGAGAAUACUGCGGGACAAUACGUGGAGAGAAGGACGACAGCGUCCAACCAGACAGUUCAGACAGAGGGCCUUUCUACAAGAAACAGCUGAUCCUCGAGAAUCCGUCCUCAGCCUGUGAAGUGAAGCUGCUCUCCCUCGGCGGUAGAAGCAGCGUUUUGGUGUGUCGAGUCAUCGUGGGCCUCCAGCCUCUACAACCCUGCGCGGUCCGCGGCCCCGGCAUCGACAUGCAGCAGGUGCAGUGUCUGGUUGAGGAGAUGGGAACGAGCCUCUCUCCGGGAGCCCAGAACCUCAUGGAAAUGGUGCACUUCCAGCAGAAGAACCAGACCAGCUCUCUGGGCGGCUUCCUGCCUCUCCUGAUGGGCGGUGGAGUUUUCUCUGCUCUGGCUCAAGGAGCCGUCAGCAACCAGCCCCAGCCUGCAGACUCCAGGCCUCCAGUCGGCUCCAUCAGGCCUGCAGGUGAAGCUCCGCUGGCUCAGAACGGAGCGACGUCAGACGGCUCUAGCGCCUCGUCCCCAGACCGGCCGGUCUCUGGUGUCAACGCUAACAAUAUAACGAGCAGUGAGAGCGGAGGCCCGGUGAGCCACGCCCAGCUGGCCGACAUGGUGUCACACUUCCUGAAAGGGCCGGGGCCCGGCCAGGCGUCGGGCCCCGGCCCUUCCGGCCCUGAGCUGCUACCCAUCCUCCAGAGCCUCUGUGGUCAGGUGACCAAGCUGAGACUGGACGACGCCACGGCGCUGGCAGAGAAGGAGAAGGUGAUGAGAAACGGCUCAUGGGAGUUGGACGCGGCCAUGGAGCGUCGUCUGGAGGAGAUGGAGAGGAGGCUGAAGGAGCAUGUGGACCGUCGCCUGGACGCUCUGGAGCAGAAGCUGGAGAAGGCCCUGCUGAGCGCCCUGCCGCAUGUCGCCCUCAACCAGGAAGGAACAGCAUCCACGGAACCGUCGGAGCAGACCGCCCCGACACCAGCCACGCACUGAGCUCACAACCACUAAAAGACUUAACAUGUAACCUGGACGCCUUUCUGCUUCUGGAGCAGCGUCUGAGCAGGACGCAGACACUAACAGAGACAUGCUGAAUAACAAGAAUCACAAUAAUCUGCUAAAGAAAAUGUGUUAAACGACGAGCUGUCAAAGAGGCAGCGUCUGUAACGGUUUGUCUUUUAUCUCUGGGAACAUAGCAAAUGAAUGCGACACUGUUGGACAGCCAAAGUGAAUGUCCUCCAGCAGGACUGUCUCAUCAGCUUGUGAACACGAUGCAAGAAAUCCCAUCUCCAUAUAACAACAAAAAACAUGUCGCAAACCAAGCAGGUUUUUUAAUCAAUUAAACAGAGAAUGAAGUGAAACAUGUGAUCUUAUCCAGGUUUUAACAUAAGAAUAAUUUUACAUGCAACACCAGCAGAACACUUAUUUAUUCACGUUAAAAUGGGCAUGUAAAACACUUCAACUUUGUCCUCCCAGGUUUCAUAAUCACACGAUCCUCCCGUUGAUAUCCCGACCAACAGUUACUCACUUUACGUUCUGUAACUGCACUGAUCUGCUGUUAAGUGUUUCGGUUAUUCAGACCUAAUCCUGUUUGGUUAAGUACAGUUCGGUUUAAAUCUCAGAAUGAACACAUUAUACUCCCGUUACAGGAGUGGAUAUAGAAGAAGGUGUAACUGAUUAAAAUGUGAUUUAAUAUGGCACUGUAAUGUCUGAAAUAAUGUACAUGUCUGUAACACAAUGCUGCCGAUGUAAACUAUUAAAAGGACCUGUGAUGUUGAUGGUUUUAAUAACUGCUGACAUAAAUAGCAAUAAAAAUAUAUUUAUACAGA